AUGAUGGAGUUUCCAAAACCAUCUCACAAUCAAAUAUAUGUCAAGGUAUCCGCCAUCAACGCGGGCGAACUCACCCUUCAAGAAAAGUACUUUGUAACUGAUCCAUCACCGGGAGCGAAGCAAACAGUUCCCUCCCUCUCAUUCUUGAUCCAACAUGGGAGCACAAAUCUAGUGUUCGAUGGUGGACUGCGACAUCGCCCUGAAGACUAUAAGCCAUCGGUCACCCAGAGGAUCAAGAACUCUCUUCUGCCUUAUAGGGUCACCACUGAUGCGGCCGAAUUUCUCCAGACUAAUGGUCUCAAUCCGGCAGAAGUGAACCUGAUCAUACUCAGCCACGUUCACUAUGAUCAUAUCGGCGAUCCCACCACUUUUCCCAAUGCUCGCUACGUGGUAGGAUCCGGCGCCAUCAAGACUAUGCAAGGCCAUGGACCAGGCUACGAGAUUUCACUCUUCGAAUCCGAUCUGUUCAACAAUCACGAGGUAGUGGAACUUCCACCUGUUCUGUCCUCAAGCAACCAGCAAUUAAUAUCGCCAUCUCUCGUCUCCCAGGAUCCGAAUCACAAGUGGCGUCCUUUGGGCCCUUUUCCUGCCGCAUUGGAUUUCUUCGGUGACGGCUCGCUAUAUGUGAUUGACGCCCCGGGUCAUAUGGAAGGGCAUAUUAAUGUGCUAGCCCGAAUACAGCCCAAACAAUGGGUCUACUUGGGCGGCGACGCGUGUCAUGAUCCGCGUAUUCUCACGGGAGAAAAGGACCUCGCUGUCUAUCAAGAUAUCCACGGCCAAGAUAGAUGCGCGCACUUCGACAAAGAGCGUGCAGCUGAAACAGUGGGAAGGAUCAGAACGUUGCUGAAGCCACAUGGAGAACACAACUUUGAGGUCAUUCUGGCGCAUGAUCAUGUUUGGUAUGCUGAGAAUCGAUAUCGUUUCUUUCCUAAUCACUUGUGA